UUGUGAAGCCAAGCUUGGUCAGAAGAGAAAGAUGGAAGCUCUGAAUAUUCUUCUGCUUCUAAUUGGCUUUUAUGCAAAUGCUGCUCAGUCAUACUGGACAACAGCAGACUAUGACUGGUGGUAUUCCACUGACGAGACAAUCACUACACCUUUGCCCUCCUGCAGAUACAACUGUGGAUACAACCUCGGCAGCUGUUCAUGCCGCGGCAACUGUCACACCUAUGGCGACUGUUGCCCUGACUACGACAACCAUUGCGAUAUGAUCACCGAUUGGCCGGAUACAACAGCUGGCGAACGUUCCUGCAAAAAUAACUGUGGAGCAUUACUUCCUCUCUGCGGAUGUGAUUCUACUUGCCAGACCCACAGGGAUUGUUGCCCUGACUAUGACACCUACUGCUCAGCAACACCAUACACAACAGCAGAACCAGACACUCACUGGCCAUAUACAGGUUUUCCCUCCUGCAUGUAUAAUUGUGGAUACAACUUCAGCAGCUGCUCGUGCAACUUGGACUGUCGGUAUUACAACAACUGUUGCCCUGACUAUCACUGGUAUUGCCCAUCAUACACAACAAAUAAUCCAGUUACUCACCCUAAGUGUGGAGGACAUCUGUAUGGUGCUGGGAUGUUUUCCACUCCAAACUACCCAAGCUAUUACCAUGACAAUGCCUACUGUGUGUGGUACCUUUCUGCUCAGCAAGGACAGAGGAUCUUCUUGACAUUUGCUGAUGUGCAACUGGAGCGCUGCUGUGACUGUGACUACAUUACCAUUUAUGACGGCUCUUCCACUGGUCAUCAACAGUUGGGAAAGGUCUGCUCAAAUGAGACCACACAUCAGGCAUUUCACUCUUCCUCACGAUACUUGACUGUUGUUUUCAGGAGUGAUUACACUAGUGUCAGCCAUGGGUUCAAGGCCCAUUUCACCAGCUCUCUGACUGCAGAUCAAGGUCGUGUGGAUUGUUCCUCAGACAACAUGAUCAUUGUUCUUCGAAGGUCUUAUCUGAACUCAUUGGGAUUUAGUGGAAAUGACCUUUAUGUGGAUGACCGUCUCUGCAGACCAAACAUUAGCAGCACUGAAGUUGUGUUCAGAUUCCCCCUCAACACAUGUGGAACCGCCAAAAAGAUGAUGAACAGUUUUGUGUCCUACACCAACAAUGUGCGGGCAUCUCCAUCUCAGUCGGGUGUAAUCACUCGUCAGUCAGAGUUUCUUCUGAGUGUGGGCUGCCGAAUGGAGCCGGACACUAUUGUGCAGAUCUUCUACGAGGCCAAAGAAAUCCCCAAUGGCAACAUCACAGGAACGGGCCGCUUCAAUGCCAGCAUUGCCUUCUACACCUCCAGAAAGUUCAACCAGCAGAUUUACGACUCUCCAUAUGAAGUGUUCCUGAAUGACGAUCUGUUUGUUCAAGUCAAGCUAACCAGAUUUGAUGCAAGCCUGGAUCUCUUCUUGGAGACUUGCGUAGCAUCUCCAAAUCCAAAUGACUUUAAAGAUCAUUCCUAUGACCUGCUGCGUAAUGGAUGUCCCAGAGACAGCACAUUUCAAUCCUAUAUCAAUGGCGUGGAUCAAUAUGCUCAGUUCAGUUUCCGGGCUUUUAAGUUCCUCCAGACUCAUGCCUUUGUGCACCUGCAGUGUAAGGUGAUCAUCUGCCCUGACAAUGAUUACAACUCUCGCUGCCGUAAAGGUUGCCAAUAUCGGCGCAAGAGAUCCCUUGGCAGCUCCUACAACUCCAGUACUGUGACGUUGGGCCCGAUUAAACUCAGGGGUCAGAGUGCAGGACGAAGACAUGGUGUGGAAUCAGAGAAGUCUAAGGAAUGAUCUGGAAUAGAGGGAGUGACCCAGAUCAUCUUCUCAAUCAAUGACAUAAUCUUUAAUGUUAAUCCCUAUUAACCACCCAGCAAAUGAAUCUUAAGGCAAUUUCUUAUUAUAAUUCAAUAAAGCAUUUCUAAACUGCAA